AUGUCUGCUGCUGCUUACAAUAACGGCACAGCAGCCUCUGCUACGCCAGUCGACUUGCACUCCACAGUGAGUCACGGCUCGCAAUUGUCCACUCCUUCGAACAAAGAGUCCCGCGACGAUCUUAAAGACACUCGUUUCCCUGAAGACGCCGUUGAAAAGGAAAUCGACAUCCCAAAAAAACCUGCUUCCGCCUACAUCACCGUGGUCUUGCUAUGCUUGUGUGUCGCUUUCGGUGGUUUCGUUUUCGGCUGGGAUACCGGUACCAUUUCCGGUUUCGUGCAACAAACUGACUUUAAACGCAGAUUUGGUGAAAUCAACAGCAAGGGCGAGUACUACCUUUCUAACGUUAGAACCGGUCUGAUCGUGGCUAUUUUGAACAUCGGGUGUGCUUUUGGUGGUAUCAUUUUGUCCAAGGUCGGUGACAUGUACGGUCGUCGUAUUGGUUUGAUGACAGUUGUGGUCGUCUACGUCGUUGGUAUUAUCAUCCAAAUCGCUUCUAUCGACAAAUGGUACCAGUACUUCAUCGGCAGAAUCAUCUCUGGUCUUGGUAUCGGUGGUAUCGCUGUUUUGUCGCCCAUGUUGAUUUCUGAAGUCGCUCCAAAGCAUUUGAGAGGUACUUUGAUUGCUUGUUUCCAAUUGAUGAUUACUUUCGGUAUUUUCUUGGGUUACUGCACCAACUACGGUGUCAAGACCUACACCAACUCUGUGCAAUGGAGAGUUCCUCUAGGUCUAUGCUUCGCCUGGGCUCUAUUUAUGAUCGCCGGUAUGUGUUUCGUUCCCGAGUCUCCACGUUACUUGGUCGAAAAAGGUAAGAUCGAAGAAGCCAAGCGCUCUGUUGCUAGAUCCAACAAAGUUAGCAUCGAAGAUCCUGCCGUUCAAGUUGAAAUCGACCUUAUUGCUGCGGGUGUCGAAGCUGAAAAAAUGGCUGGUUCCGCUUCCUGGGGCGAACUUUUCUCCACUAAGACUAAGGUUUUCCAACGUUUGAUUAUGGGUAUCAUGAUUCAAUCUUUGCAACAAUUGACUGGUGACAACUACUUCUUCUACUACGGUACCACGAUUUUCAAAGCUGUCGGAUUGACUGAUUCUUUCCAAACAUCUAUUGUCAUUGGUAUUGUCAACUUCGCUUCCACUUUCGUCGGUAUCUACACUGUCGAGAAAUUUGGUCGUCGUAAGUGUCUACUAUGGGGUGCCGCUUCAAUGGUUGCCUGUUUCGUGGUUUACUCUUCGGUCGGUGUUACCAGACUAUAUCCUGACGGCCCCAAACACAAGGAGAAUUCUAAUACCGGUGCCGGUAACUGUAUGAUCGUUUUCACCUGUUUCUACAUUUUCUGCUUUGCUACCACUUGGGCCCCUAUGGCUUACAUCGUUGUUGCCGAAUCUUACCCACUGAGAGUCAAGUCCAAGUGUAUGGCUAUUGCUACCGCUUCUAACUGGCUAUGGGGUUUCUUGAUUGCGUUCUUCACUCCAUUCAUCACCAGUGCGAUCAACUUCUACUACGGUUAUGUUUUCAUGGGCUGCCUGGUGUUUGCUUUCUUCUACGUUUUCUUCUUCGUUCCAGAGACUAAAGGUUUGACUUUGGAAGAGGUUCAAGAACUAUGGGAAGAAGGUGUCUUGCCAUGGAAAUCCGCUUCUUGGUUGCCACCAUCCAGAAGAGGCGCUGACUACAACAACGAAGAAUUGAUGCAUGACGAAAAGCCAUGGUACAAGAGAAUGAUUUAA